ACCGAGGUCGGCCAUGUGCAAGACAAACGCCUGUGACGCUGAGGUGUCACUCAAGUAGCCUUUUUGCCCUCCCAUCUGCUUGGUUAGUGGGGGGAGGGAGUCGCUCUUCUCAGGUCAGUGAUGUGACCUGCGGGCUGAACAUCAUCUAGCCAAGCCAAGCAUGAGUCACAUUGUGCCCUGCCUGGGGCCCAGUGACUACUGGGUAAAUACUGGCCUUUUCUGGCCUCUUCAUUAGUGCUCAUGGCGCUGGGACGCCUGGUCAGGAGCGCUGCUCUCAUCCCCGGCCUCCUGGGGCAGGGAAAGAAGGCUGGAACUUCCACCAUCCGGUGCUUGCAUCAGACUCUCGCCAUGGCCAAACAGCUGCAGUCUCGAAGGCUGAAUGGGAUCGACAAGAACCCCUGGGUGGAAUAUACCCAGCUGGCUGCGGAAUACGACGUGGUGAAUUUGGGGCAAGGUUUUCCGGACUUUGCACCCCCAGACUUUGCCGUGGAGGCCUUCCAGCGCGCCAUCAGUGAAGACUUCAUGCUCAAUCAGUACACCAAGGCCUUUGGCUACCCGCCACUGACCAAGAUUCUGGCUCAUUUCUUUGGAAAACUUCUGGGCCAGGACAUGGACCCACAGAGCAAUGUGUUGGUGACCGUGGGGGCCUACGGGGCUCUAUUCUACACCUUCCAGGCUUUGGUGGAUGAAGGUGAUGAGGUCAUCAUCAUCGAACCCUUCUUUGAUUGUUACGAACCCAUGACACUCAUGGCAGGGGGGCGCCCCGUCUUUGUGUCCUUGAAGCCGAGCCCCGUUCAGGAUGGAGAAGUGACCUCUAGCAGCCACUGGCAGCUGGAUCCCGUGGAGCUGGCCAGCAAGUUCACACCACGCACCAAAGCUCUCGUCCUCAACACACCCCACAACCCCUUGGGAAAGGUUUUCUCCAGGUCUGAGCUGGAGCUGGUGGCCAGCUUGUGCCAGAAGCACGACACUAUCUGCAUAUCUGAUGAAGUCUACCAGUGGCUGGUCUUUGAUAGCUGUGAACACGUGAGCAUCGCCUCCCUUCCUGGCAUGUGGGAGCGAACGGUGACCAUUGGGAGUGCUGGCAAGACUUUCAGUGCCACCGGCUGGAAGGUGGGUUGGGCCCUGGGGCCUGAUCGGCUCCUGAAGCACGUGCGCACAGUGCACCUGAACUCAAUCUAUCAUUGCCCUACACAGGCCCAGGUUGCAGUAGCCCGUAGCUUUGAGCGGGAAAUGCAGCACUUUGGACAACCUAGCAGCUACUUCUCAAGCUUUCCUCAGACGGUUCAGCACAACAGGGACCACAUGAUCCACAGCCUGCAGUCUGUGGGCCUGAGACCUAUUAAGUCCCAGGGCAGCUACUUUAUGGUCGUAGAUAUCUCUGACUUCAAGAAAAAGAUGCCUGACUUGCCUGGUGCCCCAGAUGAAGCCUUUGACCGUCGGUUUGUCAAGUGGUUGAUGAAGAACAAGGGCUUGGCUGCUAUCCCUGUGUCCGUCUUCGCCAGCUCGUCCCACCAGAAGGAGUUUGACCACUUAAUACGCUUCUGUUUUGUAAAGAAAGAAUCCACGCUCAAGGCCAUGGAUGAGAGGCUGCUCAAAUGGCGGGAGGAGACUCGGGCCUGAGCCUCGCCUCUGUCCUGUGACCCUCUCAGUGAGGACUUACCCCUGUGCGAGCUGCACCCAGUGGGGGGAGAUAGAAAGUCCCAGGAAGAUUCGUCUGCCGGGGAAACGAAGGGUCUCCUUGCCAUGCUACUCACAGACCCACAUUUUGGGGCAGAAUGUUUCAUGACCUGUGAUCUUGGAAGGAUUAGAGGGCCCUCAGAAAUGACAGGGAUCCACAGCGUCUGAGCUUGUCCCCUAGAUUCAGUUCCUUACCUCACCUGGACUCAGGGAUUUGGGGUGGUUCUCCCCCAUAAUAAAGGUUUAAAUUAUUUAGAAA